AACUUUUGACAACUCCAUUAUACCAUGUGCGGCAUCUUUGGCUACUUUAACUAUCUCAUCGAAAGAGACCGCCGAUUCAUUCUGGAUACACUUGUCAAUGGCUUGUCGCGUUUAGAGUACAGAGGCUACGACUCUGCUGGUCUUGCCGUGGAUGGCGACAAAAAAAAGGAGACAGUGAUCAUCAAACAAGUCGGCAAAGUAGCAGCUCUCAAGAAGCUUGUGAAUGAACAAGACAUUGAUUUUUCCAAGGCAUUCGUCAGCCAUUGCGGCAUGGCACAUACCCGCUGGGCUACUCAUGGCCAGCCUUCGCCACUAAACUCACACCCGCACCGCUCUGAUCCCAAUAAUGAAUUCACGAUUGUCCACAACGGUAUCAUCACAAACUACAAGGAAAUCAAGACACUGCUUGAGAAGAAGGGCAUCAGCUUUGAGACCGAAACCGACACCGAAUGUGUUGCCAAGCUCACCAAGUACAUAUACGACUCGCAAAAGGAUAGCAACAUCACCUUGACAACGCUCGUCAAGGCUGUAGCCAAGGAGUUGGAAGGCAGUUUUGCGUUCAUCUUCAAGAGCUGCCAUUUUCCCGACGAAGUCGUGGCUACCCGCAGAGGCUCGCCCCUUCUUGUCGGCGUCAAGACUGCAAAGAAGCUCAAGGUUGAUUUUGUCGACGUUGAGUUCGGCAAUCCCACGACAGAGAGCGAAGCAGUUUCGGCCAAGGAAUCCAACAGCUUCCUUUCGCCGGUUGGCGCUGCACAUCCCCAGCUGCAGCGCAGCCAAUCGCGUGCUUUCUUGAGCGAGGAUGGUCUACCACAACCUAUAGAGUUCUUCCUCGCAUCCGAUGCAUCGGCCAUCAUCGAACACACCAAGCGUGUGCUGUAUCUUGAAGACGAUGACAUUGCCCAUAUCGCCGAAGGAGAACUCCAUGUGCACCGUUUGCGACGCGAGGAUGGUGAUUCGUGCACACGGUCGAUCCAGACGCUGGAAAUGGAACUUGCAGAAAUUAUGAAGGGUGCAUUCGAUCACUUUAUGCAAAAGGAAAUCUAUGAGCAGCCUGAAUCUGUGGUAAACACGAUGCGUGGCCGUGUCAACUUUGAGAACCACAAGGUCACAUUGGGUGGUCUCCGCGGCUACCUUCCGAUCAUGCGCCGUGCUCGUCGUAUCGUAUUCAUCGCUUGUGGCACCUCCUAUCACAGCUGUAUGGCGACGCGCGCGAUUUUCGAACAGCUGACCGAGAUUCCGGGCCAAACGGAACUGGCAUCCGACUUUUUGGACCGACGCACGCCCAUUUUCCGUGAUGAUGUCUGCGUGUUUGUUUCUCAAUCCGGUGAGACUGCCGACACCAUCCUAGCUAUGCGCUACUGCUUGGAACGCGGCGCCGUCUGCGUCGGCGUCACCAACACUGUCGGUAGCUCCAUCUCACGCGAAACUCACUGUGGUGUCCACAUUAACGCCGGUCCUGAGAUCGGUGUUGCCAGUACCAAAGCCUACACGUCGCAGUAUAUUGCUUUGGUCAUGAUGGCUAUCCAGCUCUCUGAAGAUCGUAACUGCAUGUCUGAGCGACGACAGGAAAUCAUUGAUGGAUUGUACCGUUUGCCUGGUCACAUCAAGGAAGUUCUUGCCGAAGACGCCAACUUGCAAAGUUUGGCACGUGACACCUUAUCCAAGGAACGCAGCUUGCUGAUCAUGGGUCGUGGCUAUCAGAACGCUACCUGUUUGGAGGGUGCACUCAAGAUUAAGGAAAUCUCUUACAUGCAUAGUGAGGGUAUCUUGGCUGGUGAACUUAAGCACGGUCCACUUGCGUUGGUCGAUGAAAAUAUGCCUGUCAUCCUGGUCAUGACCAAGGAUUCCCUUUACCCCAAGGUCCAAAGCGCUCUGCAGCAGGUUACUGCUCGCAAGGGUCAGCCCAUCAUUAUCUGUAACAGCAGUGACGAUAGUUUGAUCAAGGACUACAAGACUAUCCGUGUGCCACAGACUGUCGAUUGCUUGCAGGGACUUGUCAACAUUGUCCCUCUUCAAAUUUUGUCGUAUCACCUUGCUAUUUUGCAAGGUGUCGAUGUUGAUUUCCCUCGAAAUCUGGCCAAGUCUGUCACAGUCGAGUAAAGGAAAAGGAACAUACGCACACGGGAACGCACA